GCCAUGUCGAGGUCAACGAUUUGGAGGAAUUUGGGGAUGAACGCGAGGUUUUAGGAGGGCUGAGGCAAUUUUUGGAGGAUCGCUUUGUAGAUGUCGCGAUAAUGGGGUUUUGGAGGGUUGGAGAUGCCUCUCUGGAGUCCACCUAGGUAGUUUAUGACUGGGAGGUGUUGAGAAUGGUGCUGUAAAUAAAUACUCUGUCAAUUGUCAAGAGUUUUAAAAACUCUUCACGACUUUGACCAACAUGCAAAUGAAAACUGACACAUCGGAGCGACGUUUCGAGAUAGAAUGUAAGCUAGAGGCUGAGAUGGCCUCGAUGGAGGCUCUCCGAGAUGCAGAGGAUCGGAGUAAAAAGCUGACAAGUGGAAUGGUUGCAAUCCUAGGGUCCCUGGAGCAGAGGCUUGCGACCCUCCGACGAACAAUUCUCCCAGUGUACAACGAAACAGGAAAUCUCCAAUGCCAGCAGCAAAACAUAGAGCGGACCCUGAAUGCCCUGGACCACGCGAUCGGUUACUACGGGGUAUGCCAGGAGGUGGAGGGUGCAGUGAGAAGUGGUCCCGGUGGAGCUGGGGGACUCGACGGCUUCCUCGACGCCAUGAACCGCCUCUACAACGCCGAGAGAUACUUCCAGAAGAACAAUCCUAGCUCUGUGGAGCUGGAGAACAUCUCGACGCUGUUCAACGUGGGCCUGGACUCGUUGUGUUCAGAAUUCCACGAUAUCCUGGCGAGACAGAGCAAGCCUAUCCUCCCGAUUGUCCUGCUGGACCUCAUUGGCUCCGACGAGGACACCAGCGGAGAGGACGCACCUCAGUCCCUCAAUCAGCUUCCAGAAAGCGCCCUGGGGGACCUAGUGAAGAUCGCUGGAUGGUUGGACGAGAGGGGCCACCGAAGACACGCAAAAAUCUACUCGUCUGUGAGAUCAGGCGUUGUCCUGAGAUCCCUCGAGCUCCUCAAGGAGCACCAACGCUCUGCCUCUGGAGGAAGCACCCACGCCGGCAGCCCCAUGCCCAGAUCCAAAUUCGCUCAUCGACACUCCAUUGCUUCUGGGGUAGAGGCCACAUCCAGAAGAACAUCCAAACGCCUCCAGCACGCCAUCGAGAAAAAAGCCAGCAAAAUGCUCAUGAGGGCCUCACAGUCCACUGGCAUUGGCCUCGCAUUCCCCUCCUCCAGGAAACCCAUGCCCUCUUUACCUUCCAAUUAUGCCCCUGAAGAUGCUGCACCUGAUGAACAGGAAAUGGAGAACUAUUUGCUACUGACUGCUGGUCUACACAGGCUGAUGCAGGCCGAGAGAAGUCUCGUGGCCAGGAUCAUACCCAGUUUGCUACAGCCACAGGUACUCGAAGCAACUGUCAGGGAUGCUAUGGAUCUUGUUGCACAUGAUGGUGAGAGCAUCGCUACAAGGGCCAAGAGGUGCAUCACCCGUAGGGACUUCUCGGCUGUUCUCGUUGUAUUUCCCAUUCUCAAGCACCUCGGGGAACUCAAGCCCGAUCUCGAAAGGACUGUUGAGGGAUGUGACUAUGCACUCAGGUCCAAAUUCGCCUCGGUUUUGAAUACUCUCAAUACGACGGGAGCGAAAGCUCUGGAAGACUUCGCUGAAAGCGUGAGAAAUGAGUCUGGAGCUGCACUCCCUAAAGAUGGAACUGUAGCCGAGUCCACGAGCAAUGUACUAGUAUUUCUCGAGCAAUUAUCUGAGAACGCCGAAACAGCGGGAAUCGUCCUACGCAGGAACAAUGAGGUCGAGUCGAUAUCGACGUCCAGUGCGAAGCAGACGGAAAACACCCACAGGGUUCUCCUCGGUGUCUACAUCAAGAAAGUCCUCGCGCAGCUGAAUCUCGCACUCGUCAGCAAGAGUGAUACCUCAUACUCCGAUCCAGCUCUGAGGGCUCUAUUCAAGUUGAAUAAUCAUAAUUACGUAGUGGAGAAACUGCGCAACAGUACUCUGUUGGAACUGCUACUGUUGGCAGAAUCCACUGCUGCACAGACUUAUCAGGAUCUUCUCAUUAAGGACAAGACUAAUUACGUUUCUGCUACAUUUGCCAAGGCACGAACGUUUCUAGAGCAUUCUGCUGAUGAAACGGAGCUAGCAGUGAAAUCCCUGAAGGAGCGUUUCUCCGGCUUCUCCCGAGAGCUCGAGGAAGCAGCGAAGAACCAACGAACCUAUUCAGUGCCUGACGCUCGUCUUCGGGAGACCCUCCGUCGAGAGCUCCAGCAGUCGCUCGUUCCCCAGUACUCGAUAUUCUACAACAAAUACAGAAACACUCCGUUCUCGAAGAAUCCAGCGAAAUACAUAAAAUACACACCGGAACAAGUGACAGCCUUGAUAAAAAUAUUUUUCGAUACUGCGGCUUGAGGAAGAGAGAUAUGUCACUGUUUUAGUAAACACCCAUUUAAUAAAGCAAAUUUAGUUACAAUAUCUAUAAUAAUUCCAUGCUUUCGAUGGCUCGAGUUGACUCCCAGUUGAAACCUGAUUUAUCAUUCUCCACUUAAAUAAAUCAUGAAAAAUUUUCCAGUCAGUAGAUCGCAGAGUGAAUACUUGAGGGAUCUUGCGCAUAAUAAACCAGGCACAGGAUAUUUACCAGCCCAAUUUUUAUGCAACAAUCCACAUAAAAAAAA